UCUUACAUCAGCCCUAUGAGUCCUGGUGAAGGCGACUGACGGGGAGAGAGCGAGAAGGGCUCGGGUUGUAACAUCCAGCCGUCUGACUGUAACUUGGAUAAUCUGGUACCGUCUCGGAACAAAUGGUCUAAAAGGAACAAAGAUCAUCUAAAAAAUCGGAAGCCAGUGUCUGUGCAUGUGUUUGGGAUGAAGCACCUGUGGGACGUUCACUUCCUCCUGCUCAUCCUCCUCUGCCUGUUAGGAGCCGUCACAUCACAGGUCAACCCAGGUGUGUGUCGGUAUCCUCUGGGCAUGUCAGGAGGGCAGAUACAGGAUGAGGACAUCUCCGCCUCCAGCCAGUGGUCUGAAUCCACCGCCGCUAGAUAUGGAAGGCUGGACUUCGAGGAGGGCGAUGGUGCGUGGUGUCCGGAAAUAACAGUUGAGCCAGACAGCCUCAAGGAGUUCCUCCAGAUUGACUUGCGCUCGCUCCACUUCAUCACCCUAGUGGGCAGCCAGGGUCGACACGCUGGAGGCAUGGGCAAUGAGUUCGCCCAGAUGUACAAGAUCAAGUACAGCCGUGACGGGAGCCGCUGGAUCUCGUGGAGGAACAGACAGGGCAAGCAGGUGAUUGAAGGAAACAGAAACGCCUAUGACAUUGUACUAAAGGACCUCGAGCCGCCCAUCAUUGCUCGCUAUGUCCGCUUCAUGCCCGUCACAGACCACUCCAUGAACGUCUGCAUGAGAGUGGAGCUCUACGGCUGUGAAUGGCUGGAUGGUCUCGUGUCAUACAACGCUCCAAUAGGAGAACAGAUGAGCUCGCCUGCUUACCCUGUUUAUCUCAACGACUCUGUAUAUGACGGAGCUGUCAUCCACAGCAUGACAGAGGGCUUGGGUCAGCUGACCGAUGGGGUGUGUGGUCUGGACGAUUUUACACACAGUCACGUCUACAACGUGUGGCCCGGCUACGACUACGUGGGCUGGAACAACGAAAGUUUCCCCAGUGGAUAUGUUGAGAUCAUGUUUGAGUUUGACCGGACUCGAAACUUCACCACCAUGAAGGUCCACUGCAACAACAUGUUUUCCCAGCACGUCAAGGCUUUCCGUCAGGUGGCGUGUUACUUCCGCUCUGACUCAGACUGGGAGGCCUCGCCACUCUCCUUCAGCCCUGUGGUGGAUGAGAAGAAUCCCAGUGCUCGAUUUGUCACAGUCAACCUAGCCAAUCACAUGGCCAGUGCCAUCAAAUGCCAGUUCUACUUCGCUGAUGCCUGGAUGUUGUUCAGUGAGAUCACUUUCCAGUCAGACACAGCCAUGUACAACACCACUCUGGCUCCAACCAAGCCUGGACUGCCACCCAACAUACAACCAGAAGAUGACCCGACCCACAAAAUAGAUGACAGCAACACCAGGAUUCUGAUUGGUUGUUUAGUGGCCAUCAUCUUCAUCCUCGUGGCCAUCAUCGUCAUCAUCUUGUGGAGGCAGGUGUGGCAGAAGAUGCUGGAGAAGGCCUCUCGUCGGAUGCUGGACGAUGAACUAACUGCUAGUUUGUCAAUACAGAGCGAGACGUUCGCCUACAACCACAACCAGUCGAGCACGACCAGUGAACAGGAGUCCAACUCCACCUACGAGCGCAUCUUCCCCCUUGGUCCAGACUACCAGGAGCCUUCACGCCUCAUAUGUAAGCUGCCAGAGUUUUCACAGAGCUCGGAGGAGCCUGCUUCUACCAGCACAGCAGCAUCCAAAUCCACCAUAGCUACUAUCGUCCAGGAUGGGGCCCCUCACUAUGCAGAGGCAGACAUUGUGAACCUGCAAGGUGUGACAGGAGGCAACACGUAUGCCAUCCCUGCUUUGGCCAUGGACCUGCUGUCAGGGAAGGACGUCGCAGUGGAGGAGUUCCCUCGAAAACUGCUCACCUUCAAAGAGAAGCUGGGAGAGGGCCAGUUUGGAGAGGUGCAUCUGUGUGAAGCAGAUGGAAUGCAGGAGUUCAUGAAUAAAGAGUUUUUAUUUGACAUCCCAGAGGACGUGCCAGUUUUAGUGGCGGUGAAGAUGCUCCGUUCAGAUGCUAACAAAAAUGCCAGGAAUGACUUCCUGAAAGAGAUAAAGAUCAUGUCGCGUCUGAAGGACCCCAACAUCAUUCGCCUCCUAGCUGUGUGCAUCUACAGCGACCCGCUGUGCAUGAUCACAGAGUACAUGGAGAACGGAGAUCUCAACCAGUUUCUGUCCCGCCACGAACCCGAGGGACAGCUCGCUCUGCUCAGCAACGCACCUACUGUCAGCUUCAGUAAUCUUUGCUACAUGGCCACUCAGAUAGCAUCAGGGAUGAAGUACCUCUCCUCUCUAAACUUUGUCCAUCGGGACUUAGCCACGCGAAAUUGCCUGGUGGGCAAGAAGUACACGAUAAAGAUAGCUGACUUUGGCAUGAGCAGGAACCUGUACAGCGGUGACUACUACCGCAUCCAGGGCAGAGCCGUGCUGCCUAUACGCUGGAUGUCAUGGGAGAGCAUCCUGCUGGGUAAAUUCACCACAGCUAGUGAUGUGUGGGCCUUCGGGGUGACCCUGUGGGAGAUACUGAACUUCUGCAAAGAGCAGCCCUACUCUCAGCUCACUGAUGAGCAGGUGAUAGAGAACACAGGGGAGUUUUUCAGGGACCAGAAAAGACAGAUCUACUUGCCUCAGCCAGUGCUGUGUCCAGACUCGCUCUACAAGAUCAUGCUGAGCUGCUGGAGGAGGAACACCAAAGAACGGCCCUCUUUCCAGGAAAUACACCAAGCCCUCCUGGAAAUACAGCCUUAAGCCGGGGCUACGUUUGCAGACAGUGAUUCCCAGGCUGCUCCUCUCUGGAAGAAGUGGUGCUCGACUAAAAAGGGGAGAGACACUCCAGGUUCAAUUUGUCUUGUCUUGGGGGUGAGAUCGACCUUUGGGCUACAAGCUACGAUCUGGGAAACACUGUUCCAUGGACUUACCACACCUCAAAGAUGGACUACUAGAGACAUUUUGUGUGUGUGUCAGUUUGAAUUUAAUCAGCACAAUCACAUUGGACAAGAUGUCUUAUAGAAAGGCAGAUAUUCUUAAGAAAAUCAAUUCUGUGUAGUUGCACACCAACCCUGAAAAACACACAUGAAACAAAGAUGAUUACGGUUGUGUGGGGACACAUGUUGUGCAAGUCAGAAUCAAAUGUAGCAAGUGACCUACAGCACUUUUGAAAAUAAAAUGUUAAUUUUGUUGAUACGAGUUUAGAUUUCCCAUUUUGCCCCCGUACUCGGUAAACAAACGUUGUAGAAUAACUUUCUUCUUGAGGACUGCUUGAAUGUAGAAGGAAAAAGUGCAGCAAUCCAUUACUGUUACAUUUCAUUAUAUUUCAAGUGUUUCAUCUCAGUCACUCAGACAAACCUCCACACGUUUUUUAAACAAGAACAUUCAGUCUCUCAUCUCCCUGCAUUUUUCCUACAGUGAUCUGAACACAUGUAUAUGCCUGUGUAUAUUCAAUAGAUAAGUCUAAAUCUCCAAUAUCAAUAUUUUGUAUUUUAUAUUUAUAUGUUCCUAUGUGUCUGUUCUGGUUAUGUUUUGUGUAUUAAUAUGCUUUUAAAGUUGAUGUGUGUGAAAUGUCAUGUCCUUUACUUUACAAAAAUCAGGAAUCCAGGCUGUGCUGUGUUGGUUACUAGUAUGUUUUCAGUCUGUUUCAUUGAAGAGAUGUCACUGAGUGUGUUGUGGAUGUUGAAUAAGAGAAAGUAAAUGUCUUUUAAAAGAGGAAUGGAGAAGAACAUUGAGUUAUAAAUCAUGACUUACGACUGCUGCAGAUCACACAGUGGUUUAGCUCAUUCAAACACAUCCUAAGGACUCCUCAAUGGGAAUUAGUUAUCAGCAGUCAACUUGCUCUCUGUUACUGAUCUAUGUGUUUACCUGUGUUUUUCCACAUGGAAUAAAGCUUUGUGUUCUUUGUUUUACUCCAAUAGCUUGAACGGCAUACUGCAUACCACUGUUUGAGCUACAUGGCCUGUAUUUACAGUUUCUGCACUCUUAUCAGAGGCCUUUGUCCCAAUUACCUCGUACGUUAAAGACACUUCUAUCCAUGGCGCAUGGCGUCUCAGCCUUUAUCUUUCACUAUUUCACAGUCUCAUGUACUAUCUGGUUUGAAGACAAAUUCCUAAGUCAAUUCAUGGCAUUUACGUCUUCUCAGUGUCAUAAAUGAGUGUAGAGCUGCAAAAAUGUUAUUGCACCCAAAUAAGUCAUAUUUUUUUGUUUUUUUUUUAACUUUGUACUACAUUUUUUAGUGAGAAUGUUUUUUUUAAACAUAAACUGAAGUUGUACAUUGAUGGACAAAUUACAAAAUAAAACUUAAACAGGGAAGUGAAUACCUC